AUGAAAAAUUCUUAAGGCUAAAAUAAGCUAUUAAUUAGCAAAAGGAAUAGGACUAUAUUAACAUUAAAUUAAGAAACAAAUUAGUCUUCAAAUUAAACAAGAAAAUCAUCAAUAUAAGUUAUCAAUUUUAAUUAACAAGAUGUUAAUUAGAAUCAAGAUAAGAUUUAUUUUUCAACUCGACAAGGCUCUCCAAAAAAACAUAGGCACACUAAAAGUAUAUAAAAAUAUAAAUCAAUAGGUUUAGGGGAUACUUUAAUGAGAUCUACAUCAUAGAAAUUAAUAAAAACCACUUAAAGAGAUUUUCAAGAGAAUAACAUAAUUAAAGAAGGGACAAUGUAUAAGAAGAUUUCUCCUAAAGUGAUAUUCUAAGAUGAUAAAAUAAAUGUUUAUUUUGUAAAGGAAGUCAAUAAAUUCACAAAAUCAAAUGAAACAAAAAUAUCGUCUUAAGAUAUUGGGUAUAGAGAACAAACGAUAUAGGAAAUAUUUAAUCCAAGAGUUUCAAUAAAAGGACCAAUAGCGUCUAGUUAAAAUUAAUUAUAAGCCAAAAUCACAUAAGGAAUUCUGAGUAAUCCAAAACAUUUGUUUGCAAUUUCUUCUAAGAAGAUCAAAAUUGAUAAAAAUGAGUCCUUAAAUACUAGCGUCAAGUCUUCCUUAUGUAAAUUGUUAAAAUUAUAUCAUUGA